AUGCCGGGAGAGGAUGGUCAACCAGGAAUCCCUGGAAGAGCAGGAGGGGCUGGUGUGGCAGCAGAAGGGCAUCACAGUGGAGGUUGCAUUUCGUGCCCAGCCGGACCUCCAGGUGCACCUGGUCCAGAUGGAGCUCCUGGUCCAGCCGGAGCCCCAGGAAAUCCAGGAGCAGACGGACAAGGGAUGGGAGGAGGUAUGGCCGGACCACCUGGUCCUCCAGGCGCACCUGGACAAGAUGGACGGCCUGGUAGCCCCGGACAAGAUGGAGCCCCUGGAGCACCAGGUAAUCAGAUGAGAGCACUACUAAUCGAGGUUUACAUCCUUAUUCUUAUUCAUUUCAGGAACGAGAUCCUUCGGGCUACCAGGACCAGCGGGAGCACCCGGACCAGCAGGGAGCACCUGGUAUGCCAGGGCAAGGACGGUGGUCACUCUGGUACAGGAGGCCCCGGACCUGCAGGACCCCCUGGUGCUCCUGGCAACGACGGAGCACCAGGAGCACCGGGAGCUCCUGGAAUGCCUGGUGGCAGUGGAUCGCCAGGAUCAGAUGCUGCGUACUGCCCUUGCCCUGCACGAGUUGGAGGUGGAGCACCAGUAGGAGGUGGUGGCGGUAAUUAUGGCGCCUCUGGUGCUGGAAGAACGCACUCAGCUGGAGGAAGAAUGAAUGGAGGUAGCUACAACGGCGGCGUUCGGGGUGGCGGUGCUCAGGGAGGCUCCCACAAUGCAGGCGGUUACAAAAAACGUCGUGUCGUUCACGCCGCUGCAUAG